UAAAAUGAAAUUGAUCUUGGAAAGUGAAACUCGAUAAAAGGCUAUGUAGUGAAAGCGUAAAAAUAUAAUGAAUAAACUUUGUAUUAUAAAGAUAGGCUUAGGGCUUAGAGACUAGUUAAUAUUGUCAAAAUGACUUCAGUAAGUGAACUACUAAGAAGCACUUCUAAGGGUCAACUGAAGUAUAUUGGUAAAAGUUUGAACAGCAGUUGUUUGAAAUUGUUGGAUGAGUUGGGCCAGCUCUCCCCUCCACCUUUGUCAAGAUACCAUGAAGAAAAAGAAACUUCAAAGAAAAACUUAAGCUUUGGGUUGGACGAAUCAGACUUUGUCGGCCUUAACGAAAACAGUUGCAACAACAAUGACAGUGAGAACACACAAGUGUUGUCCUUCUACAGCUCAAACAGCAAGGGAUUUAACAGUUGUAGUUAUUCUUCCUACGAUGAGGAUACUGAGGAAAAGAAGGACUUGAGCAAACAAGAUCACCUAGACAUAAGUGCCCCAUUACCCUCUACCACACGCCAGCAUCGUAAGCCCUCCGCCCUACAUGCUGCGUCUUGUCCGGUAUCACCAGAGUUUGGCACCACGGCUCACGCUGUUGUUGAGGCAGAAAACAAGUGGAACUCUUCUAAACUGUUAUCCUUGGCAGAGAGAAGAGAUCAGUAUAUAAAACAUAACAAAAGUCUGCAGGAACUAACAAGACGAGGGGAAGCAGAGAUAGAAGCCAAGCACAAAGACCAAGCUAACCGCAGAAACAAUUUCAUAUAUAUCAAAGAACAAGAAGGGCUUGAAGAGACCAACAAACUUCUCCAGAAUUUAAAAGAAGUCCACCAAGAACACCACAGGAAAGUCACCACAAUACAGAAAGAACUUGAGAGAAAGAGAGAAAUUCUGCAAGAUGAGGCAAGAAGACACAAGAAACAACAAACAGAAAAGUUCCAGUCCCUGGUCCAGCAGAUCCUGGCCAACAGGUCAGCCUUUGUCCAGCACUUUGACAGCUUCCAGCACAUGUCCAGCCUGCCUGAAGCCGUCCAUCAGCGCCGUGUUCAGCUGGAGAAAGAAUGUGAUGUGAAAGCUAGUGAGGCUAAGGAUAUAGAGAACUCAUCCAAUAUUACUGAUGACCAUAUAAAAACAUUUGAAGACUUUAGUAAUAAAAUACAAAGAGAUGUUGACACCCUCAAGAAAUUAACAGGAGAGGUAGAGGCUAGAGUAAAAGCAGAGGAGGAAAAGAAAAAAGAAGAGGAGAAGAAAAAAGCUGAUGAUCAGCAAAAAUUAUUGCAGGCCAAAAAGCUACAAGCUGAUGCUGAGCAAGAUUUAAGAGUUCAAGCCUUCAAACACAUCUUAGAGCAAAAAAAUCUGAAGGCCACAAAACUUUCUCAAGUUGAAGCUAGCAUCCAGUCAUUCGUCAAUAAUGCACAGAUGAAGAAGUACAGGUUUGACCUGCAGCGCGCUGUCAACACAACCAUCAACGCCAUCUCUGCGGUCAGUGGCGCCCACUUGCUGGACAAGAUAAAAAAACUGCACAUGCUGCUGAGUGGGCAGAGGGUGGAGGUCUCGGGGAAAUACGUCUCCGCUAGCGACACACCUGAGGCGCUGCUGUUUUGUCAGAACUUGGUGGCGAAAAUGUUGGUGACAAAAGGAGAAGAACAAGUGACAUCCAAACACGAGUCAGCCUUUGCCAUAGCAGCCGUGGCUGUGAGUCUGUGGUCAGCCUUCCCUGUGGUGGGUGAGCUGUUCAUGGCUCACCUACAGGCUCUGUGUCCCUACGUCCUGCCCUUCUACACCGCACAGCAGGAGACACAGUCCAGUGUUGAGUACUACAGAUCUGCGGGCUACAAGAUCAGCGAGGACGGCACCGUAGAAGAGCAGGACAAAUUCCUGCGUCGCAUGUCUGGUCUCAUGAGACUCUACUGCGCCUGCAUGAUUGUCUCCCCACCCAACACCCCCCACGGCAGCCACCCGCACGGCGUGGAGAACGCGUGGAUGUGGCUGGCCCGCACCAUGAACCUGGAGCCACACACUGACAUCACGGCCACCAUGAUCUACGACCUCCUGGCAGUCUCCGGCCACGCCCUGUUCCGCGAGUACAAAGUCCAGUUCAUCAAGCUGGUCCACGUCCUCACUCGCAGCUACCUCCCCCAGCUCAAGAACUUGUCUGUCACCAGCGCCACGGUCGGCAGGCUGGAGAUAUUUCUAGAAACUUCUCUCAGGACCGCAAGCAUCGCAGCACCAGAGGGACUAUUGCCAGCUAACUUCUGGAGCACGUCUUGACGCUAAAAACCUCAUGUUUACAUUUUUUUUAGCCAAAAUAUUUUAUUGUAUUUUUUUUUAGUGACACAAUGACAGCCACAAAAUGAAAUUUCUCUAAGAAAAUCAGCUUCAUAUUCUUAUUGUGUGAAGGAACAAGGAACCCAGGCUUUGUUUAUAAAACUGAACCGUUUUUUUUUAAACUUCUGUGGCUACUUCUAAGGGCCCUAUAUAAUUUUCAUGUGGUAUUACCUGCCCUAUAGAUUUAUCUCCCAUUUUAGCUUUAUUUGUUGCUUCCCAGGUCAAUCAAGGUUUUAAAAUGUGUAGCUUUUAUCAGGUUGAGACUAUUUUUAGACAAUACUUCUAUGUUACAAUAUGUAUAGUGUAGAGCAGUGGUUCUUAACCCCACCAGUAUUAUAUGCAAAUUCACUAUCCUAAUAGUUCUAUUGUCCACACUGACAAAAUCUGAUUGUGAAUCAAAUGAGUUGGGUGUGUCUUGCCCUCCACAGAACCCCCUGAGACUAACUCACUGAACCCCUGGGGUUUGAUCAAACCAGGUUAAGAACCACUGGUGAAGAUGAAGGUUUAAAACAUACUGUAUGUGACUACUUAACUAUGCUCAAUGUGGUUGAUGUUUGUUUUAUAAAGUAAACC